AUGAGAGGGCCGGAGCCAGGUCCCAAACCUACGAUGGAGGGGGACGUGCUGGACACACUAGACGUGCUAGGGUAUAAGGGACCACUGUUAGAAGAGCAAGCCCUUAUGAAGGCAGCAGAGGGUGGACUAUCUUCACCUGAAUUUUCAGAGCUCUGUGUUUGGUUAGGCUCUCAAAUAAAAUCAUUGUGCAACUUGGAAGAAAGUAUCACUUCAGCUGGAAGAAAUGAUCUAGAAAGCUUCCAGCUUGAGAUAAGUGGCUUUUUAAAAGAAAUGGAGUGUCCAUAUUCUGUACUCAUAUCAGGAGAUAUUAAAGACCAUUUAAAAAAGAAGGAUGACUGUCUGAAACUUCUAUUAUUUUUAAGUACAGAGCUUCAAGCUUUACAGAUAUUACAGAACAAGAAACGUAAAAAUUCUCAAUUAGAUAAAAAUAGUGAAAUUUGUCAGGAAGUUCAAGCUAUCUGUGAUACCCUUGGUGUUCCCAAGUCAACAACUUCUGACAUUCCGCUUAUGCUAAGCCAAGUGGAGUCAAAGGCGAAAGAUAUUCUUUCAAAAGUCCAGAAAAAUCAUGUGGGAAAACGACUGCUGAAAAUUGAUUUAAAUCUGCAGCAGGCGGAACAACUGGAGAGAAUCAAUGAUGCUCUUUCCUGUGAAUAUGAGUGCCACCGGCGAAUGCUGAUGAAACAAUUAAAUGUAACAGUGCAGUCUUUUGGAUGGUCUGAUAAAGCAAAGGUAAAAACAGAUGACAUAGCAAGAAUUUACCAGCCUAAGCGUUAUGCUUUGUCACCCAAGACAACAAUAACCUUGGCACAUCUACUUGCUGCCCGUGAAGAUCUGUCCAAAAUCAUCAGGACAAGUAGUGGCUCCAGCCAGGAGAAGACAGCAUGUGCCAUUAAUAAGGUGCUGAUGGGAAGGGUGCCUGACAGGGGAGGACAGCCAAAUGAAAUUGAACCACCACCUCCUGAAAUGCCCCCUUGGCAAAAGAGACAAGAAGGCAGCAGAAGGGGUGGUUGGGGUGGUGGAGGUGGAGGUGGUGGUAGAGGAGGUGGUGAGAGUGGAAGAGGUGGUUGGGGAGGGGAAGGAGGUUGGGGAGGUGGUGGAGGAGGAGGGUGGAGUGGAGAUGGAGGAGGGGGUGGUAGAGGAGGAGGUUUCCAAGGCAGGGGAGAUUAUUGUGGGAGGGGAGAUUAUGGAGGAAGAGGGGGCUAUGGAGGAAGAGGGGGCUAUGGAGGAAGAGGUUAUGGAGAUCCAUAUGGAGGAGGUGGUGAUGGGUAUAGAAGAUAUUAA